CCGCUUCAGUAGCAGAGUUAAUAUUAGCAUCACUCGCUAAUCAGUACAAUUUUUCAAAUUUCCCCCCGAUGUAAAAUGGCUCGUGUUGAUUGGCGGAUUGGAGGAAACGUCAUUACGUCAUUUUUGCGCGACGCGAUGUUUUGGAGCUGGUCCGAGCGUUCUGAUGUUUUGGUUCACUGUAAAUACGAACUGUUUUAUUAAUUUAUGAACUUGAUAGCGGCGGAUGAACAGCGUAGACAUGAAGAGUUUGCACGCGAUGGUGCGCGAGGCUGCUGUUAAUCACGGCGAUAAAACCGCUGCCAUCUUCGACACCGGCGCAUCGCGUGCUACCUGCCUGACCUAUCAUCAGCUCGCAGCGUUAGGGAACGAGCUAUGCAGACAUCUGCAGGGAUCAGUAGGGGAGAAUGCACGUGUUCUCGGUGUGUUCUGUGAUGUGAGCAUCUUCCUCCCUGUCUGGAUCUUUGGUGUCCUGCAGGUGCCUGCUGCCUAUGUUCCUCUGGACCCAGUCUCACCACCUCUGCUUACCAUGAGAAUAAUGGACAGAUGUCAGUUGAAGUUCUGCUUGAUACAGAGCACUUUGCUGCAGCAAUUCCAGAGUGCCUUUUCUGGUUCAUUGUCAAUUGAAGUGUUUGCAGCCUGGUCAGAACAUAAGCUUACUUUAGUAAAGCUUCACAGAAAUUCGCUGUUGUCAGCUGAAGUAAGCAACAGCCGGCUGAUGGAAGAUAAUCCGACGUUAAAGACACAGCAGGAGGAAAGGCAGCCUCCCGGUGCUGAUGAUCCUGGAAAGGAACACCAGGCAGAAGAGUUAGCAUAUGUUCUGCACACAUCUGGAACAACAGGGCUUCCUAAAAUAGUUAAAGUUCCACACAAGUGUAUUGUGCCUAAUAUAGUACAUCUCAGCUCUUUAUUUCAGGUGACCCCUGAGGAUGUUGUGUUCCUAGCAUCACCUUUAACCUUUGACCCUUCAGUGGUGGAGAUGUUUUUGGCCCUGUCUUCUGGAGCUUGUCUUCUGAUGGUUCCCUCAGCUGUGAAAAGGAUGCCUAGCAGACUAGCCAAUGUGUUGUUUAGACGAAACGCCACCACAAUUUUACAGUCCACCCCGACUCUACUGCGGCGCUUUGGGGGACGUGUCCUGCAGGAGGAGAUACUCAGUGCAGGCUCCUCGUUGAGGGUGUUGGCUUUGGGAGGAGAGGUAUGUCCAUCGCUAUUUCUCCUCAACAGCUGGAAACAAGCAGGGAACAAGACGCGUAUUUAUAAUCUCUACGGCACCACAGAAGUUUCGUGCUGGGCUUGUUGCUACAAGCUGCCAGACUCAGAUCUCCUCUCCUCAGACCACAUGGACAGUGGAUCUGUGCCUCUGGGGGAACCCCUCAUGGACACUGCUGUGGAAGUAAGAGAUGAGAAUGGACGUCUGGUCACUGAAGGAGAGGGACAGGUCUUCAUAGGUGGUCAGGAGAGAGUAUGCUUGCUAGACAAUGAGACGAUGACUGCUGCGAUGAAAGGAGUGAUGCGUGCUACAGGGGACUGGGUGAUGGUGCAGAACUCGAACCUCUAUUACUUGGGUAGAAAGGACCGGCUGGUCAAACGGCAUGGUCAGGUGCUACACCUGGAUGCCUUACAACAGGCCAUGGAAAGCUUGCCUCAGGUAGAAGGUGUUGUGGUGGGUUUGCACAAGAGCAGCAGAUUGGUGGCCUUUGUGGUGCCCAAAAUUGACACAAGAACCGUGUCCUCUGAACACAGCUCCACUAAGGACUCUGAAGACUCCCGCGUUUCCUCCAGAGCUCUAGAGAUGGAAGUGCUUCAAGGACUGUCUCAACUUGUGCCCAAUCACAGCAUUCCAGAUACUGUAUUAUUGGUUCCUGCCCUGCCACUCACUAAUCAUGGUAAAGUGGAUAUGGAGAAGCUGAUGAGGAUGUACGAGAGACAGAGAGAGGGUAGCGGUAAGCACACUAGAACUGGCGACAUGGAGACUUUGAGAGAAAGACUACAGGCACUAUGGAAGGAGAGUCUAGGUCUUUGUGAUGAUGGUGUUGUCGCAGACGAUGCCCACUUCAUGUUAAGCGGUGGGGAUUCUCUACAAGCGCUACGCCUCUUCGAUUACAUCACUGUUACUAUGGAAACCGCUUCUGCGGGUCUGCUGGAGGUCAUUCUAGACGGCUCUUUUUCAGAUGUCCUGAAACACAUCACAGCAACCCACCAAAAUCCUAUCAAGACGACAGGCAAGAGACAACCCGAAAGUUCUGCGUCUGUUGUUCCAUCUAAGAGGUACCACACAGAAGUUGACUCAAACUUUGACCCUGAGGUGAUUUUGCCACCUGUGGUGUCCUCAGAGAGAAGCACUAUGAGAUUUGUAGUUGUUCGUAGAGCUGGAGAUGUUGUAUUUUGGGAUUAUUUACAAGAGAAUUAUCAGAGUGCAGAACUCAGCCCAUUAUCUAUAAGCAAACCAAGUCUGACCACCACGAACAGUUCUUCUGGAAGAGCCACAGACAUCAUGCACGUUAGCAGAGACAUUCCAUCUGGGGAUGGACAAAGUCAUCACUGUAACUCAGGAAGUGGUAUUACUUUACAACCAGGCAUUACAAAAGACCACCAACCCCUGGGCCUGCAGGUCUGUUGGAGUUCUGACACGGGCAGAUGUGUGGACGCUUCACCAGUGCUACUGGUUGGUCCUGAGCGAACGACAGUGUUUAUUGGCUCUCACUCGCACAGACUGCAGGCUCUGGACCAGAGCAAUGGUGAGGUGGUGUGGGAGCGUGUGCUAGGGGACCGACUGGAAUCUUCUGCUGCUGUUUCUAAAUGUGGAACCCUGGUGGCAUUAGGGUGUUAUGAUGGGCAGGUGUAUUUUCUGAGCGUGGACUCGGGGCAGACGUGCUGGGUGUUUAAGACAGGAGAUGCAGUGAAGAGUUCUCCUGCUGUAGACUCUCAGACUGGACUGUUUAUCAUCGGGUCCCAUGAUGGAUUUGUCUAUGCAUUAGAACCAUUGGUGAAGCGUUGUGUAUGGAAAUACUAUUGUGGAGGUGGUGCGGUGUUUUCUUCCCCGUGUGUCCACUCCUGUCCCAGGCGGCUAUAUUCGGCCACACUAAGGGGGCAGCUCCAUUGCCUCAGUCCAGACAGUGGUAAAGUCUUGUGGACAUAUUCCACUGAUGUUCCGUUUUUCUCCUCCCCUUCCUGUUCUGACUCCUGCGUCUGCAUUGGUUCAGUGAAUGGACACAUCAGUGCAUUAAGCCAUGAUGGAAAUGUGUUGUGGGAUUUUCUCACCGAUGGACCUGUCUUUUCAUCGCCAUGCCUGGCCUCAUUGCCACCUUCAGUCAAUCAAAGAACCAGAUCUGGAGCAUACGACGGUUGCAAAACAUUAUCUACAGCUUGUCAAGCUGUUUUUUGUGGGUCACAUGAUUGCUGUGUAUACUGCAUCAAUCCUGCUAAUGGAUCAUUACUGUGGCGCUUCCAAACCACAGGCAAGGUGUAUUCCAGUCCGUUUGUUUUUGAUGGUAGUCCCUGGGGCAUAAGAACCCUGGUAGCUGUAGCUUCAACUGAUGGAACACUGUGGGUACUAGAUGGAGAACAUGGAACACUGAAAGCCUCUUUCGUCUUACCUGGUGAACUCUUCUCCUCUCCUAUCGUGUGGGGUCACACUGUAGUUGUAGGAUGUCGGAAUGACUACGUGUACUGCUUGGAACUGACUAGCAGGAAGGAUUAACUAAAGCAUCUCUGAGUACAAUAUGUCAAAUGUUCUUACUGGUUAAAUAUGUAAAUGGCUAUGUAACAUGUAUAUAAAACGCUCUAAAAUAAUAGUAGCACUUUAGCACUAUGUACUGGUAUUGUACAGAUGUUAAUAUAUUAUUUUGUCAUAUUUCCUAAGAUAGAUUUCUAGUAGAGGUCGACCGUUUUGUCGAUAGUUCCAGCAAUCGGUUAUCUCCAGAAAUCCACGCAGAUAAUUUUUCCUGGUUGCGUCCGUUGAGGGAGCGGCUGAGAAGGAUCUGCUGUCAUUAUACAGUACGAGAGCAGCCUCUGGAGGUGAAAUAAAAACUAUCACUGACAAAUUUUGUUGUUAUUUGAAAUGAUUUUUAAAAAAUUUAGUUUGGAUGUACAGUACUGUGCAAAAGUUUUAGCCACCCUAAUUUUUUUUAGUACAAACUUUGUAAUAGAUGUUUUUUUAUAUUUUAUGACUUCUACAUUAUUGAGUCAGUACAAAAAAACAUUAGAUUUCCAGCACAAAAUUAAAGGUUAAAGAAAAAUGUUUGUAUGUCGUUAAAGAAAGCAGCAUAUUACAUAAUAGAGAUCACUUUUCAGACAAAAAAAACUCCUAAUGAAGGCUGCUGGAUUUUGCUUCAAAAUAAGAAGUAAGUGCGACAGUCAAAUUCUCACGAAGAACCGUAGCUGGUUCUAGAACAUGCUCAAUAAAACUUGCAGCUCAUUUCCUUAUAAAACUGCACUAAUUGUACCGGAGACUACUAUUGAAAUUUUUUUGUUUCAUUUAUUACUGUUUACUGUUCUUUAUGGUAUUUUUUUUAAAUAUAUGUAAAAACAUUUAAUUUCAUUAUUUUGAAGGCAUCUUUGCUCUACAGCAUUUCUUUGCAUGUGCCUAAAACUUUUGUACAGUAUUGUAUAUCCUUUAAUUACUUUAAUAUUUAUUAAUAGUUCAUAUAUAUUAUUUCUACAUUAAUUUCAUGUUAAAAAGUACAGUACAUUUUCAUGGUACAGUCAGUAAUGUUUAUUAUGAAUAAAGUUCAGCAAUAUUUUACUUUGUGUGUUUUAUGUUUUCAUUCAGAAUCAAUUUUAAAAACUAUCAGUUAUCGGUUAACUGAUACCGGUUAUCGGCAGGUAGGUACCGCCCGACUUAGUUAUCGCUAAAAUCCACUGUUGGUCGACCUUUAAUUUCUAUGCAAAAACAGACAUUUCAACACAAGACAUCAAACAUCUGUCUUUAGUGUUUGUUUGUUUGUUUUUUCUAGAGAAUUCAUUAAAUUUAUAUUCCUUAAGAAUCUUCUCUUCUUAAGAGUACCUUUUGUAAAUGGAACCAAAAAAGUGCAAUUACCAACAAACUGCUUUUAUUUCAAUGUUACAUACAACACUGUUUUGACGCUACACGAUUGCACACGACCAAAUUAAAAACAAAGUGACGGAACUCAUAGAUCUUCAAAGGAACACAGUGCAGUUCAGUCCACCUCUGUACAUAGAUACCUACAUACAUUACAUACAAAAUAUUACUUUAAGUAGAGGGGGUUGGUGUUUUGCUGGGAGAUCAAGGCUUUCUAUUAGUUCAAAGCUGUUGUUAUUUAUGAGAAUAAUGUUUUUUCCCCUGGAAAGUCAUUGGUUAGUCUUCCCCCAGCAGAAUGUUUUUUUUUUUUUUUUUUUUUUAAAGCACUGAUCUCCCACUGACUUGCUUUUAAUGUCUGAUACAAGAAGAGCUAGCACAAGCUACAGGAUAACAAGUGUUUCUAUUACAGCAAGCGAGCAGUCUGUGUUCCAAAGAAUCUGGAGGGCAUAAACACUGUGCAAGAAGCAGAUAGUUCAUUAACGUUUGGUUAACGGGUUCCAGUGAAAUGAUUUAACAUGGUGGUUGAACGGAAGCGUCAUUAAUAACAUUUACUAUGUAAGUUAUUUACAUAAGUAAACACAGUGACUGUCAUCAUUAUGUUAAUUUUCAGUGACAGCUUAAAUGACAGCAGUCUUUUGUCACACAGUGAAAAUCUUGGCAUAUCAAAUAAGUUAAUAUUCGCAAAAACAAAUGAGAGAAUCAACCGUGUCCAUAUUAGACAAGAGGUGUUAAGACAAUUUAACAAAUACAUUUUUUUUAAAUAUGUCAGGACCAGUAUCUAGACUUUUAAAAAAAUUUCAAAAACAGUAGCCAGUUCUGAAGUUCAUGCUUGUAAUACACAAUACAUAUCAUGGGGUGAAGUAAGAUAUUUGUUACUUUGACACCUACUGUGCAACUUUAGCGCUUGAGCGAGUUCUUAAAAGACUCCCCAAAGAGUUGAUCUCAAACUGUUAAAUCAUAUGUGAAUCAUUUGUUUUAGUAAUGUUUCUUGGUAUACUACGCAUGCCUUAUAUAUUCGGACAAAUGAUUUGCUAGCAACAGGUCUGCUGGGCUUGGAUUCCCGGGUUGUAACUAGAAGAUAUACACUUGAAAGCUGGUUUGAUGGGUGGUGGUGUUGUUGUUUUUCAACUUUAAUGCAAAUUAUUUAAACAUUUUAACGAUUCUCUUGAGUAAAAUUGAGCAGCUUUUUGUGUCUGUCUCUCAAAUCCAGAAUUGUGUGUUUUGAACACAUCACUAUAGUUAUGGACCGUUUUACAUAAAAUUACAACUAUGUCAAUAUUUUAGAAAUACAUGCUGCUUGCUACCCAUUCUCCGGGGUGAAAAUGGCACCAAAAAAUUAAAAGUGAAUGCAGUUUAACAGGUAAUGUGGUAUUUUGUGAAUGGUCAUGAGCAUGGUGAAAUGAUACCCUGUGAAUGACAUGGAAGUUCGUGUUCCCUUUUUAAAAAAAAAAAAGAAAGAA